AUGUUUCCUAUUAUCAUCCAUAGAAUCAAGAAGACCAAGCUGGAACUGAUCAAGCAACAUAUAUUAUCCAGUUUGGGAUUUACACAAGCACCGAAUAUUACCAUUGCAAAGAGGAAUAACUAUAGUCUCUCUGAUAUGAAGAAAUGUUACCGACCAACAUGUCGUCUACCAACUCGAUCUACUGAUGAAGAAUUGUGGAACAACUCAACAUCCACAGUAUUAAAUUUGCAUUUCAAUGUCACAUCCCCACGUAGUAAAUUGGUCACCGUGAAAAACGCCACGCUUUGGUUGCAUCUACAAAUGCCCCAAGUUGAAUGUCCUUGCAACGACGCCAUCGUAAUCAACGUCUACAUCCUAACGAAAGCUUUGAAGAAAAACCAACGUAAACCUCGUCGGCGAUUGGCAGCGGUUCGUAUCGUGAAGCACCAGGGUGACAGUUGGCAAGACUUUGACAUGCAAGGAACGGUCAGUGACUGGCUGGAACAAAGGAAGAAUUUUGGAUUACAGAUUAUUAUCAAAGACCGCAUGGAGAACUUACUAAAUGCAAGAGAUAUCAUUUCUCACACAGACUGUUCACAACAGAAUCCUCCGAGUGUAAAAUGUUGGCAAAACUCUCAAUUGAUAAUGGUCAAUGGUAACCGAAGUGCAUUGCCCAUUCUGAUAGCGAAUAACCACUCUACAGGAGCAUUACUGGAUGUUUACACGGAAGAGAAACCAAAGACGAGGAGAAUUAGAUUGAAAAAACAAUGACUAGGAAACCGGAAGAGAAGGAGGCCAUUACGUAUAAAUUAAACUUCCAGAACUUUCAACAAUAACAACACCAACAACAUUAAAAAAAGAAAAAGAACAAUAACAACCAGAAGUUAUCCAAAUCCAAAUGGUGAACAAGAAUGCCACUCUUCAGUUGCUCAAGCUGUGGUCUUCCAUUUCUCUUCAGUUGUGUUAGGACAAGAGGAUCCGACAUUGUAACUACAGCUUUUAAACGAUUCCCGAUUUCAAGGAAACACAGCAAGACUGACAAAAGCAACAACAACAACAACAUCAACAUAAAAUACAAACC